AGUCCAGUGUUUUUGUUUGGGUUGAACAGCUCAACACAACAUGUAACUCACCUACCAGACAGAUAACAUUAAAGCUUUAAUGCAGAAACCAAACAGCCUCUUUAAAGUCUGACUGGAGUCUAAUAAGGCUGACUGAGUUUUUCCACCAGGGGACCAGAAGAGAAAAGGAGCCUGUUCAUAUGGGGGGUGAGAAAGAAGGAGAGGACUCUGAAACCAGAUGGAAGGAAGAGCUCAGACUAGUCCUCAUCGGAAAGACCGGAUCCGGCAAGAGUGCGUCUGGAAACACCAUCCUGGGCCGGAAGCAGUUCCUGUCACAGAUCAGCGCCAGCUCUGUCACCCAGAUUUGCCAGCUUGGGAGCACAGAGCUCACAGAGGACGAAGAUGGUGAGGAAGACGGCCAGACUGUCACACAGAGGAGGAUGAGGAGAGUCACGGUGGUUGACAUGCCAGGGUUUGGGGACACUCAUCUGAGUGUGGAGCAGAUCCAUGCAGAGGUAGCCAAAUGUGUGUCUCUCUCCGCUCCUGGACCUCAUGCUUUCCUCUUGGUGGUGCCGAUAGGACGAUAUACAGACUGUGAGCACCAGGCUGCCUGCGAGUUGAUGAAGAUAUUCGGGGAGGAUGCAGUCGGUCACCACACUGUGGUGGUGUUUACCAGGGGCGAUGACCUGGAGGACAUCGGGAUUGAAGAAUAUCUGAGGGAGACUGCACCUGCUGGGCUCAAAGCUCUGAUUGACAGGUGUGGGGGGAGGUACCAUGUACUCAACAACAAAGACCCCAGCAACUUGGUGCAGGUUAAAGAACUCUUAAAGAAGGUGGACAUUAUGGUGAAGCAAACCAACAAAGGGUUUUACACCAAUACAAUGUUUUUAGAGGCAGAGGCUGCCAUCAGGGAGGAGCAGAAAAGGAUGCUGAGCGAGCGAGAGCAAGCAGACGGGGAAGAACAAGGGGGAAACUUAGAAGAACAGGAUAAACUUGCAAAACGAAGAAAGUGUGACUUGGAGUUUAACAGGGCAGAGAGCACUGAAGUUGGAUCACAAGGGGUCAGGAGGAGGGAUUUGGAGAGAGGAAGGGAAGAGGAUUUUAGGAUGGAGAGGUGGACAGAGGAGAGCAGAGGUAAUGCCUUCAGCUUCCUCAGAGGCAGAGUUGAACGAUGUAGGGACCAGUUCAGAGGCAGGCGCAGCAGACCUGUGAGCAGGCGACAGUCUUUCCGUUCAUCCUUGAUUAGGAGGAGGGAGGCUGCGCUCUCUGCUAGGGUUCUGGAGAGGGUUAAGAUCCUGGUGGCUGCUGGAGCCACAGGUAUGGCCGUGGGGGCGAUGUUUGGGGCUGCUGCCCCUUUAGCAGCUGCAGCCGGGGCAUCUUUGGUGGGGAACUCGGUUGGUUUUGCCGCAGGUCAGUUCGCUGGGAUGUCCGUAGCGGGAGGCACCGGGGUCGGGAAAGCUGUGGGGGCCAUAGUGGCGGCAGCCUCGGGGAAAACCGCAGUGGCUCUGGGGGCAGCUACAGGUGGAGUUCUGGGUGGUUCUGUUGGAACUCUCGCUGGUGCUGAAGCUGCUAGUCCGAAGGAGGGCGCUCUGGAUGCCCUGGGGCAGGUUAGUGCCAUAGGAGCAACUGCUGUUGGGGUGGCAGCAGGUGUGGGAAGCACCAUGGGAGCUGGGGCUGCUCUGGGGGCAGCUCUGGAGGGAGCAACUUUCAGCACAGCAGCCAUCGGUGGAGCAGAAACUGCAUCAGCAGGUGUAGGCGCUGCUUCCGUAGCUCAGAGUAGCGUAGCCUCAGCAGCAGGGCAGCAUGCUGUGGCCACUGUUGGAAGUGUAGCUGCAGGUACUGGGACUCCUGCUGCAGCCGGAGCAGCUUUAGCUCAGGAGAUGGCUGCAAAUGUCUCAGUGGCUGCUGGGUUUCCUGGUGCUGCAUGUGCAUUAACAGGGCCCAGUGUGGCAACCGUAACCAACAGGGUUGUGUCAGACCCCUGGGGAACGGUGACGGCAACCACACGCAUCCUGAAUGCAGUGGCUGAGAUUGGAAAGGCUGCAGCAGGCAUCGCCCUGGCUGGUGGUCUGGUUGUGAAGGUGGUAAAGGAGAAAGUGAGAUGUGGCACAGGAACAACAGAAGCCAGUUACACAGAGAAGAAGUCAUAUGAGGUCUACUGGAACAAAUAAAUACAGGCAGAGACUCAGUAAAGGAGAUCUUAUUCAGUAUUACACUCCACAGUAGCGUCUCUCAGUGAGAGAUAUUGAUAUGCCAUGAAUUUGCAAACCAUUUCAAAUAUUCUAUCUGAAAUUAUAUUAGAGAGAAGACAUUGUAAUUGCAAAUAUUAUUCUGAACAGUUUGAGGCUGGUGAAUGAGUUCAGUGACAUUUACAAUGCUGUGUGGGAUGUCUAAUAAAGACAAACAUAUUUUUAUCUAAAUCAAUUUUUAGAAGGUUGUGAUUCAGCUCACAGUGGCUUGGUUAUGAACCAGACCUAGUGUCUUUCUUUUAAAUAAAGAGUAAAUAAAAAAGAGACAUUUAUUUCUGAGCUGCCAGAAAUGUCCAUCACACAGUUGUAAGGUUCAUAAUUUGACUUUCUUUUUACUUUCUAAAGAGGAAUCACAGCACUGUAAUCAGAAAUCAAGACAUUUUCUUAGUGUGUGGGUGAGAUUAACAUGUUUAUGUAAUUAAUCUUACCCAUUACAGUAAUGGAUGUUUAAAAUGAACAAAGGGAAUUUAUCAUUAUAUUAAAAUCCUGAAGUGUUUAGUUUGACAGAUGACAGUUUGUGGUUGUGUUGCAGUGUUUCACUUCCUAUAAAAUGUAAACCAGACAUUAGUUUCACAGUUUUUAUAGUAACACUGGUUCUCACCCAUCUGUUUCAACUGCUGUAUGUAUCAACAGUUCACUGUGUGUUGACUUUGUUGCAGUGAAAUAAACAAAAAAGACACUUUCCUUCUAUGA